CCUUGGCUCCUUGAUUUCAUUAUAAAUACUAACAUACAUUCACCAACAAAUUUCUCUUUCUUUCUCUCUAAAGAGCUUUCUCUUCUUCUCUUUACCGCCGAAAGUUCCAGACUUUCAUCUUCUGCUUUUCUUCAUGAUGCCGAGUGUUAACUCCGGUUCAUCCGACAAAGACUCCGAGGCAUUUGCAGAAACCGAUCCAACCGGUCGGUAUGGUAGAUAUCCCGAACUAUUAGGAUGCGGUGCUGUGAAGAAAGUGUAUCGUGCAUUCGAUCAAGAAGAAGGAAUAGAGGUAGCAUGGAACCAAGUGAAGCUAAGAAACUUCUGUGAUGAACCUGCUAUGGUAGAGAGGCUUUAUUCUGAAGUGAGGUUAUUGAGAAGCUUGACAAACAAAAACAUCAUUGAACUUUAUAGUGUUUGGAGCGAUGAUCGAAACAACACGCUUAAUUUCAUCACCGAGGUUUGUACAAGUGGGAAUUUGAGAGAGUAUAGGAAGAAACAUAGACAUGUUUCUAUGAAGGCAUUGAAGAAAUGGUCAAGGCAGAUUCUGAAAGGGUUGAAUUAUUUGCACACUCAUGAGCCUUGCAUCAUUCAUAGAGAUCUCAAUUGCAGUAAUGUGUUUGUUAAUGGGAAUGUUGGCCAGGUUAAGAUUGGUGACUUGGGUUUAGCAGCAAUUGUGGGGAAGAAUCAUAUUGCACACACAAUUCUCGGCACACCAGAGUUUAUGGCUCCAGAAUUAUACGACGAAGACUACACAGAAUUGGUGGACAUAUACUCAUUUGGUAUGUGUGUAUUAGAAAUGGUGACAUUGGAAAUUCCUUAUAGUGAGUGUGACAAUGUUGCCAAAAUAUACAAGAAAGUUUCUUCUGGUAUAAGACCUGCUGCAAUGAACAAGGUCAAAGAUUCAGAGGUAAAGGAAUUCAUUGAGAGGUGUCUUGCUCAGCCAAGGGCUAGACCUUCUGCUGCGGAGCUUCUUAAAGAUCCUUUCUUUGAUGAACUUGUUGGUGAUGAUGAAGAUGAAGACGACGAAAAUGAUUAUGUUAAUUCAUACUAAACUAAAGAACUAAACAGUCCUUUAUGUGAUAAAUUUAAUAUUUUAAUGUCUUAGUUUCUUUAGUUUGGUUUAUUAACUUUUAGAUUAUAUGUAAAUUUGCAAUUUGGGGCAGGGCUAUAUGGUAUGCUUUGUUUUGAUUUUUUUUCCCCUUUGGAUAUGGCUGAAUAUUGGAGAGGGCUUAAUUGGGGAUGUUGUCAUUUUGUACAUAGGAGAUUUUCUUCAACAGUUGUGAAAUGUGAAGCAUAUAUUAUUGAAUGAUGAUUCCAUAUUAAAUGUUCUUA